AAUUCACAAGAAAAAAUUCGGUUAGCAUUCACAUCAGUUUCAAUUUGCGGAUUUGGUGUAUAAAAGAAAUGGGCAAACACAAGAAUGCAACCCAAGAAGCAAUCCUUCUUCAAUUUAUGGAGAAGCACAGCAAUAUCUCCCGAGGAUUUGUCAAAGGCGACAUAAUAAAAGUAGACGCGCUAUGGAGAGAUUUAGUGGCAGAUUUAAAUAAAAAUGGUCCCCCCCAAAAAGAUGUAUCUGGCUGGAAAAAGGUUUGGAUGGACUGGAAGGCCUUUAUCAGAAAGAAAGUGGCGCAUAAUACUUCCGAGGCCAGAGCAACCGGGGGAGGACCGUUCAAUAAGCAUGUCCUUACUCCGACAGAAGACGCGAUUGCCCAAUUAUGCGGCAUAUAUACAGUGGUAGAAGGCGUGCCUAAUACGCAGAGCUUUGGUGUUCCAUCAGAGAGGAAUAACUCAGCUUCUGACACUCCCGAUGAUGAAGAGCCUCUUUACUCCACUAGCAAUGCCGCCGCUGCGGGGCGGUCUCGCAGGCGGGAAUCCGCUGUAGCUGACUGCAUGACAAACAUCAGCGAACAGACAAACGCCAUGAAAGCUGUAGUGGAUGAAAGAAAUUUUGGAGGAAACCAAAAACAAAAACACAAAUUUAUUUACACUCUGCGAGGCCGUUAAAGAACUUACUGUGACCUUAAAAGAAGGAAACAUUGAAAGUAUGCGUCAUCAUUACCAGAUGGAAAAGUUACGGCAAGAAGACAAUGAGCUAAAGCUGAAAGAAAUUGAAAUUGCCGAUUUUAAGGUGUUUGCGGAACAAAAUUACUUUAACAA